AUGAGUAGUGCUGAUGAUGGAGCUGAUGAAGUCAAAGUAUUUCGUCGUUCAGAUGCAGAUGAUGUUGAUGGAGGACAGUCAUCUGCUCAGUUAACUGAAGACAAAAAAGAUGUAGCAUUGGAGACAGAAUUAGAGUCACGUUCAAGUUCUAAUCCUAUUGAUAUGAUGACUGGAGCUAGAAAAGGUUUUCAAUGGAAUCCUGCACUUAAUCCAUUUCAAUCACCUAUGUCACCUUCCUGUAUGCCUUUUAUGAUGCCAAAUUUAGGUGCCGGUUUUUUAAUGUCUCCUAAUUAUAAUCCUUAUCUCAUUCAACAAGCAUUAUCACCAUCAGUUAAUAUGUUUAGAAAUAUGGCUGCUAUGUCACAAGGAUCACCAUUUUAUCAAAAUCCAUUAGUUGCUAAACAGUAUGCUGCAAAUAUGAUGAGGAGUAUGGAAGGUCAAAUGAAUCCAUUAAAUAUGCGUUUUCAGUCAAAUAAUAUGAUGCCUUCAUCAUCAAGUGAAAGUGGUGGUUAUGGUAAUACUCCAAAAAGAAUGAAAACAGAUGAAGAAAAAAAACAAUUAAAAGAACAUGUAAAAAAACCAUUAAAUGCAUUUAUGUGGUAUAUGAAAGAAAAUCGACCAAAAUUAUUGGAAGAAGCUGAAUAUAAAGAAAAACAAAGUGCAGAAUUAAAUAAAGAAUUAGGUAGAAGAUGGCAUGAUCUUCCUAAGGAAGAACAACAAAAAUAUUAUGAUCUGGCAAAACAAGAUCGUGAAGAUCACCAGCAAAAGUAUCCCAAUUGGACAGCUAGAGAUAACUACGCAAUCAGAAAACGAAAAAAGGCAAAGCGAGAAAAAUCAAUGGAUGGUGGUGAAAACAAGAAAUGUCGUGCUCGUUUUGGUAUUCAGAAUCAAGAAAGUUGGUGUAAACAUUGUAAAAGAAAGAAGAGAUGUUUAUGGUAUAGAGAAAAAGGUGAUGGAGCAGCACCUUCACCAGCAUUGUCAUCCUCCAAUGGAAUGUCAUCUUCAAGAACUCCAGUAUUAUCGUCACCUGCAUCGUCAGGUAUGAUGGGAUCAAUAGAUGAGAAUGAUCAUGGAAAUCAAUCAGAUAAUGAGGUAGAUUUAAAUCGAACAACAGUACUACAAGAUCUUAAUCAAACUCCAACAUCAGCUAAUUUUGUUAAAACAGAAGGUCUACCUAUGCCACCUAAUCCGAUGGCUUUAAAUCCACAUAUGAAUAUGAACAUGAAUAUGACAAUGAUGAAUCCAAUGAUGUUGGCUUCACCUAAUUUUAUGAAUCCUUGGAUGGCAGCAAGGAUGAUUCCUGAUAAUCAAUUACUUUAA